AUGGCCAACGAACCCCGUGUAGAAUGGUUUCUUUCUAAAGCCAACCUCAAUCCUCCUCUACGUCUUUCCCAUCUCACCAUACCCGCAGACCAAGAUUUCCUUCACUCCGACCUCCCAAAUCGCGACAAAGCACACAGCCUCCUUGUUCAAACACGAAAAUGCUCUCCCAACUACAAACCUCCUGAAAGCCAGGUGUGGCACCAUUUCCGCACGAGAUCACAAAAGGCCGCAGUGUGCAAUACUUUGAAUUGGACUUUCGCAAAGCAUGAACUUGCCAGAGCCUUUGACGCACUGCUAAGCCAGCCUAUGCUUCCUCCCACCGGAGUCGCCCAGGCGUUGUUGAUGCAAGCUCGUCUAUCUUCGAUGGAUGAACUUUGGGGACAUCUUCAUGACCAAUCACUCGAGAGGAAAUUUAGAAGCAAGCGUCUGAGCUCGGACAUUGUCCAGUUCGAAACAACUAUGGUCGGAAUGACGUGGUUGGACAGAGUUGUGUCGCUUGACAACAUUAACUACAUCCACCUCAUAUGUCAACUCAAAGUCAGCCAGGCCGUUUUGGACAGAGCACUUGGCAUCGCGUUGUCCAAAUCUUCGUUACGGGCGAUGAAGCUACUCCUCAGCUUUGGAGCUGUUGUGUUGAGUGACGAGGAGACGAUAGACCAGCACAUCCGAGCUGGUAAUUUGGAGUUAAUAGAACUAUUGUUAUCAGCUCCUGACUCCAUGGGUACUGGCGCCUGGAAGGAAUGCCUCCAUCGAGAGAUUCUCAGGGCCACAAGCGGUGGGACAUUGUCUGUAUCAUUCCUCCUCCUGCUCUUGGCAAAUCGUCCGGAACUAGUCUCUGCCUCAUUACUACUGAGCACACUCAGAUUGGAAAAUUUUCAAGCUACAGCAAUCGUGAUGGCUUAUUCAGGCUCAAGCCAAAUCUUUUUCAACAUCCGUCACCAAGCUUUUGAGUUAAUAUCUCGUUACCCAAGUAAUACGCGACUAGCCUUCUUUACACUUCUAUCCAAUUGCGAACUGAUUGAAGAUAGCUUGCUGGCUCGCAAGGAGGUCUUGGAAGGUGUAAAGGCCCGUGACACAUCGCUAGUUAAGCUCUUGGUGGGAGAUGGUGUGACUGUGGAUGAACCGUCACAAAACGCUUUAAAAUGGGCUGUUUCUCAGUUGGACUUUGAGAUGAUAGAGAUUCUUACUCGUGGUAGUAUCACAUCCUCUCCUACUCUUUGGUCAGCCCAUAUACCAGAGAUUGCCACAGAACAGGAUAUGAGUCACAUCUGGGCAAUCCUUCGGUCGGUGGAUCCAAGACGGCAAUCUCUUGCUGAAGUUGGCAUGGACUAG